AUGGCUCGAAACGCGAGCAGGAGGCCGGACACCAGCCAGAUUCCCGGCCUACACAAGUUUGUGGAGGCCGAAAAGCCCGCCCUGGUGGAACCCUUCUUGCUGAACGUCGUGGGGACUGCGCAAGGCGGACGGUCCGCCGCAAGUCCGAUCAGCCGCUGCUCUCAGGAAUUGCAAUUGCCGACCGACAGGUCUACAACUGAUUGUUUGCCCAUCAGGUGGUUCACGGAGGAAGCCUAUGAGGAAAAGUCAGUGACCCAUGCUCACCAACAGCUUAUGAUAGAGGAUGGCACAAAUUUGCUGUGCUGGCUACUUGGAGAGCUGGAAACAAAAGCACAGACUUGUGAGGGUCACAUAGAAGCUGAUGUUGCGAGGACUAUGGGCCACACUGAAGGGAAAAACGUAGAUAGCACACUCACCUGUCGACGUUCAGGUGGAUCAGCCCAGCCAGUCCCUCCCAUGGGGAGGAAGCUUGACAUUCAAGACUUGCCAAACACUGUGAUCCAUGGCGAUGGCUGCGUCCAGAGUGGGAAGCGAAUGGCACCCCAAAGGGAAGUAAAUUUCCUCACCACAGCAGGUGCAAGAACGCUUGACCAUGGGCACAGGCCAGCCAGUCCAGAAAGGGUGCAGUCAUCUAAGAGGCAUGCUGGUGAUGCCACCAGUUCGUCUCCAAGACAGCAGGGCAGGGCAAGCUGUAGAAUGGAAACAGGGUCGACCCCCUCUGCAAGGCCGCAGGUGGACUGUAGAGUGCCCAAGGCAGUGAUCCACCUGCCGCAGCAUGUGCAAGGGCAUGUGAACAGCAAGCAGGGCAUUGCCAUUGCUGCUGGUGUGCCUUUUGGCGAUCGACCACUGAGUUUCAUUGCAAGGUCCUCAUGUCUUGGUGCAGACGGUAGGGAACCUGUGUUUGAAGCAUCUGAGAGGAAGCAGGCCCAGGCUGCGGCAUUGCAUGCAGGCACUAUUGGCACAAGCCAUGAGCCCACCAUGGGAUUGCAAGGGGAGGAUUUAGGCCCAAGCCAGAAUUGCCCACGCAUAAAUGCUUCCCUGUUGAACCCCAGCAGUGCUCACUACAAUCCGUUGGCUGCAGUGUCAUACCACAUUGACAAAGAGUUGAAGGCCAAAGAAGGAGCACAGAAAAGCAAAAAGCGGAAGACACAAUUCAAAUCGUCACUUACCGAGGAUGAGCACAAAAUGCUGCUGGACCCAGAGAAUCUCAGCUGUUUUGGAGAUGCAGAACUCAUGCAGAGGUUGAGAAUUGAACAGGAGGCACACACACUGCUGCAGCAGCACCUGAUCCUGGACGAUAUGGAUCCUUACCAGACACGCGACCCUGUUGUGAUGUCAUGCGUGGAGCAUGUGUUGGGUUGCAAACGAGCUCAAGUCAGAAAUUACCCACAAUACUACAAGCUGAACUGGACAUUCCCGCUGGCAUUCCCAUGCAAGCUUGGUGCAAUACCAAACAUGUGGCAUGUGUCAGACCUGUCACCAGAAAGGCGUGCUCCAACAGCACAUGCUGUGCCCUCAGGGACUUCGAUUGUACAGGCUGCCAGGAUUCAGCUACACGACGAUUCAAGCAAGUUGCGCUUUCUCAGUGUUAUGAAGGAUGAAGAUGCCAUUGCAUGUGCUGAGGCCAUCGAUGCCAGCAUCGUUAUGUCAGAUGCCGCCCUUGGAUGCUUGGUUGCAUUGUCUACAUCUGGCCAGGCUGCUUCAUGGGAGAUACCUUUUGUGGUGAAGUCGGGGCCUGACGGUCAGGCAUGUGUGUACAUGGAUGAGCCCCUGCUUGGCCGUUCUCUCAACCCGAGGCAAAAGGAUGAAUUGUACUUUCAACGAGCACUUGUGAUGCUUUCUGCACCUGCCGGUUCAGAGAGUCACCAGGCUUCCCCGUUGAACCUGAGCUCAUCUGGGGAUGUCAUCGCUUGGAGGCACUAUUGCCACUGCUGCCUGGGAGACACCAAUAUCGUUGUGCAGUGCCAGGACUGCCUGCAGGACCCGAGUGGCAGACGGGUAUCAGUAAGGGCCAAAAUGGAGCACCUGUGGGCUUUCAGAAAGGAGAUGUUGGAAGAGUAUACAUUUGCUGAAAUGGCAAGAUGGUGGACAGACUUAUUGUUGAGGCCUGGUUCCACAGUAUGGGUAUGCCGUGUUGCAGCGCAGAACGGGGUACUCCUCAAAACAGAGGUUGUGGACAUCGAGUCGUUUCCUCAUCUGGUUCCCAAGAUAAUGACUUUCGAGAGGAACUGUGCACUGCAGAAUUUGCGCGGGCUUCUUGACCACCUGAAGACCCUGGAUUCUGGAAGUUAUUUGCUGACCCAUGGACACAGGGACUCAUCAUUGUGUUGCUUCAAGGCAGUUCCGAGUAAUCAGAGUGCUGGUAGUGCUCUUGCACCCUUGCCCAUCAAUGUACCACUGGUAUCGAGCACCAUCAUCUACGAUUUGCACAAGGCGCACGAACAGAGCGGCAGCACAGAUGCAGAGAUUUCCCCUUUUGUGCCACCUCAGUGGGUACCACGCAGCGGUUUUACUUGUGUGCCUCAUACAUUUCCUCCCUUGAGAGGGCAGUCAAAGUGUCGUCAAAAGGUGCCUUGUGGCAAUGGCUUGAAGGCACAGGUUAAGAAGGGCAAGAGGAAGCAGGCACAGCAGCAGCAAGGGCCUGGUGGGCAACAACACGGUGAACAGCCUCCACGUGAGGUGCGGCCCCAUGGUCCAUCUGUGGCACAGGAUUGGCCAGACGAGAGGCCUUUGACGCUUGCACCAGGAGUAACAGCACAAGUUGGAGUAGACAAGUACAUGAGGAUGCUGGAGGAAGAACUGUGA